UUUCACCUGCUUGCCACUUUUUGUUCUGGUUUCAGAGUAAAACGAAACAGGACAAUGAAAUUAAGACUUUGAAGGAAAGAUUAGCAUCCAAGGAGCUUGAACUAAUAGAGUUAAGAGAGAAGUUGACGAAGUCUGAGGAAGAAAAAAUGGCCACUUUGGGUAAAGCUCAACAAGAGGGUGAUAUCAAAAGUCUGAUGGAGAAAAUAGCGUCGAAGGAAGCAGAACUCAGAGAACUAGGAGAAAAAUUAACGAAAUCUGAGCAAGAAAAGUCAGACGAGCUUGGCAAGGUAUGGGAGACAAUGACUGAGCUACAAUCAGUAAUUGAGGAUCGCGGAAAAUCUAUCGACAAGCUUGAAAAAGAGUUGAAAGACCAAGAGGCGAAACACAACAGACAGAAGAACACUCUCGAGCAGACGGUCGCUAAGAUGAAGGAAGUGAUGGAGAGGAAGGGAGGAGACGCGAACAAAGUCAACGCUAGGGUCGCUGAGCUCGAGAAAGAGCUAAAGGAAAAGACGAAGAGCGCCGAGAAGCUCGUCAAAGCGUCGGAGAAACGUGAAAAGGAAGUCGAUGCGCUGAAACGCGCGCUUCAAGACCAGGACCAGGUAAUGGAGGAACAACAAGAUGCACUGACCGAGCGACAGCUGGAGAUAGAGUCCCUCACAGAGGAGUUGCGUACACUUAAGGACCAGAACACAUCCACAAAUUCUCUCUCCGCCGAGAUUCGCCGACUAGAAGGCACGCUAUCCGUUUACAUCGAGGAAAAGGACCAGCUACAGCGGGAGCUCGAUGCGCUCAGGAAGACAGAGGCGGGAAUCGAGGUGUCAAAGGUGGAGAUCAGUCGAGAUUACGAGAUUGAGAAAAGUGAGAUCUUGGUAAAGCUGGAGCAGAAGGAAGGAGUGAUCGCCAAGAUGAAGACCCAGCAGAAGAGCUCCGACUCGGCCGCCGCCAAGGAGAAACGGCUGCUUAAACAGCAGUUAAAGGAGAAAGAAUUCGAGAUCAACAAACUCAACGAGAACUUGGAAAAGGUUAGGAUCGAUAGUUGUUGUUUUUUCUGGUGACACACUCGUCACGUGACUGUAGCCUUGAGCUUUUAUUGGUCCAUGGCAUGCAACUGUUACUGACUUGAGCACAUAAUGGUAACAAGGUAUACCCUUUUCCGUAGUUUGGAUGAGUAUUGAAAAUGACCUUAAUUGGAGCAAUGCCUCUGUAUUGGUCUCUUUUCCAUUCUUUGCUAGAGUUUAAAGUUAUGGUAAAGGUGAUAAGGUGGGAUAUGGUUAAACAAUUGCCGUAGCAAGUUUUUGAAACUAUGAUC